AGGUCGCUAAGCUCUGUUUACUGUGGGGAAAAUCCGCAAUGUCAAAGGAAAGUUCUGAUACUCUUGCAGCGCUGAUUGAGAACAAGUUUCUUCAUAUUUUUGGCAGAGAAUUUGUUGAAGCCGUUAAGUUUGUCAUGGAAAUGUGUAAAUAUAAUUUUUUGCCGAAGUUUGAGCAAUUGCAAGCGAUCUAUUACCUGUGUCGCGGUAAAGAUGUAUUCGUUCAUCUGAGAACUGGUUUCGGAAAGUCGCUGAUUUACACGCUCUUUCCAUAUGUUUGCGAUGCUCUGCGAUCGUCACCAAACAACGAUUGCCGUUCAUCUAUCGUCGUUUUGAUUUCACCACUAAUUUCCCUCAUGGAUGAUCAGAUGGCUAAAAUGGCCGAACGAGGAAUACAUAGCGUCAAGCUCACCGAUCUUAAAGACCGACAAGUUGAGGACCUUCGACGUGGAAAAUCGAACAUCAAAAUCGCUUUGUUAUCCCCUGAGGCAUUUACCAGUUUGACUGUAAGGGAGACUCUGAGGGAACUGAAAGAGCAUAUUGUUUGUGUGGCAAUUGAUGAGGCACAUUGUGUACUACAAUGGUAGGUCUAUGCUAGAUAUUUUAAUAAUUUAAUAAAUAAAUUAGCCAAAGUGCUUUCCCUUGACUACAGAGCCUCAUUCUAUUGCAAGAGAAUUUGGCUAAUUGUCAUAUGUUUAUACUAAGUUUUAAAGGAUUAUUGAAAUUAUUGAAAAUGUGGCGAGAUAUCCAACGAUUGGAUAGGGCAAAUUUUUUUUACACUUUGGUUCAUCACGUUAUAUAAUUAGCCUUGCAAAUAAGUAACUUUAUACAGUAACCUACUCUGAACUCACUUGAUUUAUUUUAAACUGUAGUAAAUGUUUGACAGGGUGAGGAAAGAUAUGUUGUCGUGCUCACACUUGAUGUCGUGUUUGCGAAUGGGAUGGCUAAAUGAACAUGAUAACAAACAUUUAGAUAAUUACACCCUCGAAGUCAUAUAAAGAAACACAAGAUGAUGAAACUACACAGUAAAUACGUUCGGUUAUCUCCUCUACAAUGUAUACUACUUCUUCAUAUUUUUGGUUUAAUGGCGUGAAUUGUCUGUAAUAAGUUUAUGGAUUAUUCGUCCUAAUUUUGUGUUAAAAUAUUAGUGCAAAAAUUACAAUAAUUAACACACCCAAGGCUGCAAGACCAGGAGUAAAGCACUUUAUGACGACCACAUUAUAUUUAUAUAAAAUUAAAGUGUUUGCAGUAAAAGAAAGCUUGUCUAUUUUUGCGUAUCAAAUAGAAAUUUAUUUAAUUACCCUAUCUUUUGUCACAAUACAAUAUUUGUCACAAUAACUCUUAUUUGUUACAGCGAUGCAAAAUUGCAAUUAUCGUACGUGUAAUUUGACAAGUUUAACUUUCUAGCUAUAACAGACAUAACAAAUAAAGUAUUUUUAAACAGUCUCACUCGGACAAUAUUGGGAUAUCAUACCAGCAAUAUUUAGUAAACACCGAUUUCAGUUAGUAUAUACAUAGUUGCAUAUUUCUUCGGCAAAAGACUGGUCUUUUUAUAAUAAAAUUUAAAUAACGUCGUCGUACCUGUGCUUUGUCGUUGGAAAACUGCAAUGAUCUGGCUGAAAAUCUACAAUUUCUUUCGUUAGGUCUCGAUGUUUUCGAUGGUGGAGAUCUAAUCGAAUUUGGCGAGGAUGGUAUUGUUUUUCUUUUCCCUCGAGGACUAAUAUUUUCCUUAUAACUUUUAAUUUUCUCGACGGCCCUAUUCGCAUUAUUUCGGCAAUUUCGACAACAUUGGCGAGACAAUCCAGGCUUGUCUCGUCUAAUAGACAGACCAUAUGCCUUGAAAAACAGCAUCGCUGUUGAUGUAUAAUCAUUUUCUGCAUUGUAAAGUACAUAUCUCCUAGCGGGCGGACAGACUCCAUUGCAUAUUCGACAUCGAACUUCACCUGACAUUUUUUAUUUCUCUGAGUUGUUUACGUUUUGCGCGCGCGGUUAACAGGUGUAAGGGUUUUCCCUUCUCCCGGAAGUCAAUCGCAACCGUUUUGAUUGGACAAGUUGACGCAUGCGCAUGCAAAUUCUUCUGGACCCUCCUUCUCCGCCGCGCCGUGUGGCGAGAAUAGGGUCUGGGACUGGACUAAUCAUGAACAUGACACGUUCUCUAGUCAAUGAGAUCCACUGCUGUAACUAAUUGUAACUAACUUAGUUACAAUUAGUUACAGCAGUAACAACCACUAAAAUCCCCCUCUGCUAAACUACAAUCCUCGACAAAGGUUUUUGGUCGUAUAGUUUUAUUAAAUCUUACACUCUGGUGGAAAUUUUGCUGGUUAGCCUAAACUGAAUAACCCUAUAGCCAGGGCCUCCUGGCAAUUUAUCCACCUAACAUAGUCUGGUUAAUUUAGCCAAGUAGUCCUUGGUUAAAUUAACUAGGCAAUCAGGAAAAAGGUUAAAAUAACCAGGAAAAUUGAUCAGGAAUAUUAAGUUAACCCAAAUAGGGCUAUCUCUAGGUUAACCAGGAGGUUCAACUAGACUGUUUUUAAUAGAGCGUAAAAAUUAUAGAAGUAUAUAAUGGAUAAAAAUAAAAACUCACAAAUCACGAUUUUGACUAUAUAGGAGUAUAGCGCACUAUAUAGGAGUAUCCGACUUCUCUGUGUUGACUAUACAUGGUUACGUUUACACUUGUACCGCAUAGCUUUCCGUAGCGACGUGAAAAACAUAUCUUUAUCCGUGCCUUUUAAGAACGCUAUUUCAGAGGAAUUAUUGCAACGGAGAGAUGUUGUUUCGCUCAGUUUCUGAAAGUUGUACAUUGCGUAUCGGACAGGUGCUUUUUCGCGCCGCCACGGAAAGCUAUCUGGUAUAGUGUAAACGUAACCUAUAUAUCACUGCCUCUCACAGGGUGUCCGACUAUAUGGCCUAUUAUUUACUAGUUGAGUCGGUUUUCUUUGAUGCACCGCGGGAUGUAUACAGGUUAUAACCCGUGAAUAAAUAAUUAGAUUAUUAAUGUCUACAAAACUCGAAAAAUCUCGAC